UGUGGCUCAUUCAUACAAGCGAAAGAAGUAGAAAAAGAAGAGAUCAACUAGGUGAGUGCAAGUGAGGGCAGAAUAAUAUAAUAUAGAGAGAAAAAUGGAGAUUGAGGAAGUAAGCAGCUACGAGGCACUGCCUCUUCUCUCCUUAAACCAUGUGUCCAUAAUGUGCAGAUCAGUUUGGGAUUCAGUGCGGUUCUAUGAAGACGUCUUGGGCUUUUUUCUCAUCAAACGCCCCUCUUCUUUCAACUUCAAUGGAGCUUGGUUGUACAAUUAUGGGAUUGGGAUACAUUUGAUUGAGAACCCAUCAAUUGAUGAGUUUGACAUCACUAUCAAUGAACCGCGACCAAUUAAUCCGAAGGACAACCACAUCUCCUUCCAGUGUACAGAUGUUGCACUUGUUAUAAGGAGGCUGCAAGAUUUGGGGAUGAGAUAUGUCACAGCAGUGGUUGAGGACGGAGGGGCUAAGGUGGAUCAAGUUUUCUUCCAUGACCCAGAUGGAUAUAUGGUCGAGCUCUGCAACUGCGAGAAUAUCCCAGUUAUUCCCAUCUCUUCCUGCUCAUUCAAGCCCAGAAGGCAAAGUUUCAAGAAGCAGGCACCUGCUACAUGUGGUUUCAUGGAGAAUGUGAUGAUGGAGAGCCUGAGCAUGGACAUGCUGAACUUCUCAUUUUAAGAGUUCCCAAAAGAGGGAAAAUUUUAAUUUUCACCGGCUUAUUUUGUCUGCUACAAGAAAAAGUUAUAUUUUUCAAAUUUAUAACACUGUUUAUAAUUAUGGUUUGUGUACUCCGCUGCUGGUUUGAGAAGAGUUUGUAUUGAUUUUCUUGUUCCUGGAAUAAAGAUUAAUGUAAGAUUGAAUUAACGAGUUCCAUUUUGUAA